UCGGCUCCUCCUGCUUACUCUUCCUGCAGCCCUCGCUUCCUCUCUUCUAAUCUGUGGCAGUGGGCGGUUUCUCCUGCUCUGUGCUCCAUUUUAUCUUGUCUCUGCGCUCGCCAAAGCGUGGGGCUUCGCUACCCGUUCCCUUUGGGCUGUUUUUUCUCCCUUUCUAGCUCUUGGCCCGUCCCUCCCCCCCUUUUUUUUUCUUUCCCUUUCCUCCUCUGACCCCCGCCAUGAAUGAGGAGUACGACGUGAUCGUGCUGGGCACCGGCCUCACGGAAUGCAUCCUUUCUGGGAUCAUGUCAGUAAAUGGAAAGAAGGUCCUUCACAUGGACAGAAACUCCUAUUAUGGAGGAGAAAGUGCAUCCAUUACACCACUGGAAGAUUUAUACAAGAGGUUUAAUAUACCAGGAUCACCACCAGCCUCAAUGGGAAGGGGAAGAGACUGGAAUGUGGAUCUAAUCCCUAAAUUCCUUAUGGCAAAUGGUCAGUUGGUUAAAAUGCUGCUUUAUACAGAAGUCACCCGAUAUCUGGACUUCAAAGUAACUGAAGGAAGCUUUGUCUACAAGGGAGGGAAAAUCUAUAAAGUUCCUUCCACUGAGGCGGAAGCCUUGGCAUCUAGCCUGAUGGGGUUGUUUGAGAAACGUCGGUUCAGGAAAUUCUUAGUAUAUGUGGCCAACUUUGAUGAAAAAGACUCCAGAACUUUUGAGGGUGUUGAUCCUAGGAAGACUACAAUGCGAGAUGUGUACAAGAAGUUUGAUUUGGGCCAAGAUGUCAUAGAUUUCACUGGCCACGCCCUUGCCCUUUACAGAACUGAUGACUAUUUAGAUCAGCCAUGUUAUGAAACCAUCAACAGGAUUAAACUUUAUAGUGACUCUUUGGCAAGAUAUGGCAAGAGUCCAUAUCUUUAUCCACUCUAUGGCCUUGGAGAGCUGCCCCAAGGAUUUGCAAGGCUAAGUGCCAUUUAUGGAGGUACCUAUAUGUUGAACAAGCCAAUUGAAGAAAUCAUUGUAAAAGAUGGACAAGUGGUUGGUGUGAAAUCUGAAGGAGAGAUUGCCCGUUGCAAGCAGCUCAUCUGUGACCCUAGUUAUGUAAAAGACAGAGUAAACAAAGUAGGCCAGGUGAUCAGAGUUAUCUGUAUCCUAAGCCACCCAAUUAAGAACACCAAUGAUGCCAAUUCAUGUCAGAUCAUCAUUCCACAGAACCAGGUCAACCGGAAAUCAGAUAUCUACGUUUGCAUGAUUUCUUCUGCACACAACGUGGCUGCACAAGGAAAGUAUAUUGCUAUCGUUAGCACUACUGUGGAAACCAGAGAACCCGAGAAAGAAAUCAGACCAGCAUUAGAGCUUUUGGAGCCAAUUGAACAGAAAUUUGUUAGCAUCAAUGAUCUGUAUGUUCCAACUGAUUUGGGAACAGAAAGUCAGAUCUUCAUUUCCCGCACUUAUGAUGCUACAACUCACUUUGAGACAACUUGUGACGAUAUUAAAGACAUCUACAAGAGGAUGACAGGGUCUGAGUUUGACUUUGAAGAAAUGAAACGAAAGAAAAAUGACAUUUAUGGGGAAGACUAAUAGCAGUAAUAUGCUAAUAUCCAAUUAGGAGAAAUUUAAAUUUCAGCUAAUACAGAGUUAUAUCAAGAACCUAAUGAACAUUAUAUGAAAUCAAUAUUGUAUGGCCUGCUUUUGUAAUCACUUCUUUGAGAUUGAGGAGUACUAUCCUCCUAAAUGUUUCCCUCCCCAUCCCUCCCUUAAUAUCAUGUAUUACUGUCUUUCUCCUGGGAUGACUGUCCAGAAGUGACAGAUUGCUAACAUUAUGUUAAAUUUCCCUGAGUGUGUGUGUGUAUGCGUGUAUGUCUGUGUGUUUUUAAGGGAAAGCACAGUUUAAACAUACACUCACUGAGGCAGACAAAUAGAACUUGAUACAGUAUUUGUAUCUUUUAAUAGUGUAGCCUUUUCAAUUGUAUGCUUAUUGGGCUCAUAUUGAUUCAUUGAAGUUCAUGUACUAUCUGUUCUCUUAAACAUUUAAGAAAACUCUAAAUUCAACACUCCAGGGUUCGACAGCAUCCCUCAAAGUCCAAUAACCUUCAGUUUUUGUCUCAUGUCAAGUAUUAUGACAGUGCCCAAAUAUCAUAGUCAUUAGUUAUGGGCAUAGAUUUCUAACCCAGCUUUAGCCUUUGAAACUGUUUACAUAAUUUAGGAGAGGCCUGUGUGCCUUUUGGUGUUUUAAUCUAAUAAAACUGAUUUUUAAAAAAGUAAUAAUAGCAGGCAAGAUGUAAAAGUACUUCUAUCCCCCUGGCUUUUUGGAUGGACCAAACCACAGUGCAGUAUUAAUUUGACAGAGCCUCCCAAGUCCAUGAUGUUUCAUAAAAUGGCUCUAAAUGAUUUCUGUACUGUAAAGUAAAGCCAAACUCUGGAAACCAGUACCUGUUUAUUGGUCUAUUUGUUUCCCACUACUAAGGUUGUUGAUGGCCAUGCCCACUGUUUCCGAUAUUAGACUUUUGCAAAUAGCUUCUCAUGAACAUACACGCAUGUACAGCAGAAAUGUAGUUUAAAUUUGGGAGAACAAAGAUGACCUGCAUAUGCAUAUAUAUCUAUAUAGAUAUAUAUCCUUCAUGCAUAAUUUGAUCAUAAAAUUCCUAAGUGGUCAUCAUUUGUCUAACAUGGUAGCAACCGUUUAAGGGGAAAGAAUUAAGAGUUUGUGUGUGUGUGUGUAAGUUAGUUAACACAAUAGAAACAUCUGUUUUUGUUAGAAUUAAUAGUUAAGGUAUUGACCAUAGCUAAAUGCCACCUUAGAAGGUAGGGAGAAGAUUGGUAUGGAAUGGGAAUGCAGUUAGGAAUAGUGGAGUGGAGAAGAUUGCCAAGUGGGAUACUCUGCUGUGAGAAAUUUGGCCCCAAGCUCUUGGUAAUUUGUUAAACGUAAAGGCUCAUUUAUUUUACUCAGACAUAGUUGUAGUUAAAGGAAUGCUGACUCAGUGUGUUGACAGUGGGUGGUGGGAAGAAUAUGACAUGGAAGCUGACACUGACUCUUCCCUCUUUUCCAGUAUCUUCGUCUCACCUCGAGGAGUCACUGUAGCUAAUCCUGUUAAAUUUUUCUGUCAAAGUCACUGACUUUAUAGAAAAUUCAAAGGUAUUAGAUUGUUCUUCACUGCCUAUAAGCUUUAAAGAUGUAACACAUGGUCCAAAGCCAACUGUUUUAUAAUAAAUCAUUUGUCAUGUCAUGCAUGGAAGAAAAAACAGCUACCUUAGAAAAAGUAAAUUCAUGCAACUACAGUUGUGGAACACCAAUAUUGUCUAUGGAAAUACAACCCCACCCCACAAAAUAUCUAAUUUCCUUCUUAGGGACAGUGGCUUUCAGAUUUAAAAUAAUGGGCCAAAGACUGAUGUUUCAAUGCUACAAGAUUUUCUCACUGAGGCAAUGUACUGGUUUCAUGUAUUCCUUGUCACUUAUUCGCUCUGUAAACGGGCAAGUCACUUCUCAAAAAUAUGGAAGGCUAUAGGGAUCACAAGAGAUCCUUGAAAUAAAACUAACCAUGGAACCUGGCAGUAGCCAGUAUAGAAACGAUUGCAUGGGUAGGUAGGUUAGAUUUUAUUGGUAACUCUCCUAAUUAGGUGCUUUUUCAUUGUUGUUUUAAACUAAGACCUGGGGCACAAUCUGGAUCCCACUGAAAGGUAGAAUUCUAAUAAAGUGUCUUAAGUUGCAAAGUUUUUUGGGGAAUAUGAGAAAAUACUUGUAAGGAGCAAAUAACACCAAAAUAUAAAAGAAAGCCCUAGUGGGGAGUGUGUUGUUUUUAAAUGUAUUAUUAGUUAUAAAAUCAUUCAGGGAAAAAUAUUUUAUUUUUUUUUUAUUUUUUAAAAAUUAGGUAUAAAACCUAUCCUCCAAAUAGAUACCACAUAUCUUAUACAAAGUUUCUGUUUAGCUUUGAAGUGUUCAAAGACUACUAUAGAAAUUUUUGAAAUACCAUAAACAUAUGAUUAUUAUUCCUCAGAAUAUUGACGUAGUGAGCUAUUUACAAAAACCGAACAACUGCAAAUAGGUACCAUUUGGGGAAAAAAAAUUAACUUCACGUAGUGUAGCAGUAGACUAAUACAUUUAGGUUAAUUUUCUAGAAGAUGGGAAGAGUGUAUAAAAAGAAUUUCAACCAUAACAUGUACUACUUAUGCCUUAUUUACAUAAACAACCAUAAAAAAUACACUUGCUAAAAUGGACUGUUACAUUUACAGUUUUCCAACUUGUAGCCUUUCAGUAACAUUUUCCUAUUUUUUCGUUUUAAUAAUGUAUCUACUGGCUUUGUUAAAAUGCAUCCUGUUUAAAAAUAAUUUAAAAUCCUAUAAUCCAAAGCUUAACAACAAUUAAGUCUACUGUGCCAUUCUGAAAUAAAUCACAUAUCAGCAGACUAUUGAAAGGAAAAAGAUCCUCUAAGGAUGUCUGCAUUAUAAUGAAAAAUUUAUAGUGUAA